UAGGGCAAAGACCAUUUCUCUCGCUUCACAACUCUCUCUUGGUUUCUCACGAAAACCUCUUGACGGCGAAAGGGCGAAAGAGAUACCCAGAGCUCAUAGAUCGAUUUCAUCCCGUUUGAAGAGAGCAUCGGUUAUUUCACUCCGUUGAGUCCGAUAAUCAGUCCGACGGUGCGAUUCUCCGCCGAUUACAUCCCGUUUUGGAGAGAGAUUCGUUGUUUGUGAGUGAUUUCGCGAACUCGAGUGAGAUCUUUUGGCCGACCGAAAGCUUCAAUCAUAAAAGGUUACACAAGAUAUGGGGCAUGAUUAUAGUUACACGCAGCCGUCUCAGUCAGACGACUAUGGUUUAGGGGACUCAGCAGAGAGUGGGUUCAGCCAGACAGAAGCUGAAAUUGAUAUACUUUUGGACCAAGCUCAAAUUGAUGCUGCACGGAUUUACUAUCCUCCCCAGCCCGAGGUUGAGUUCGGCUUCCCAAAGGAAUGCUACUGUGGUGGCGAACCGCUGACAGCCACAUCGUACACAAGGAAUGAUCCUGGGAGAAGGUUCUAUACCUGCGAGAACAGAGACGAUGGAGACUGCCAUGUCUGGAAGUGGUGGGAUGUCGCGGCAACGGAGGAGAUCAGAGCCAUAUCGAGGCAGUGUCAGCAGCUCUCUGAUAAGGUUGAUUAUCUCUCCUUUAUGAGUGACUACGGCACUCAUCUUAACCAGGUAAAGGAACUGCAAAGUGAGACAGAGGACAAGUUGGUUAGGCUUGAGAGAAUUGUGUGUGACUUAGCUAAAACAAAAUCUAGGUUUGCCAAUGGCUUUGAACUCAUUGUAGGUAUUAUGGUAGUUGUCUUUGUGAUAAUAGGCAUGAUUGUCGGGUUUAAGUAACAGGCUAUUGCUAUGUCUUUGUGAUAAUAGGCAUGAACUGUAUUAGUAACAGGGCGUUGAACUAUGUUUUGUAUUCUGGUGUAUUGUAUGCAACUAAACAAGAAUACUUCAUUGCG